AUGGUGCUAAACAAGAUCAACUGUCGAGCUCAGCCUGGGGAGCUGGAAUCUCUCAAGGAUGACAUUUCUUCCUUCAGCCGAGGGCCCCUGGAUCGAUACGAUCUCGACUCCAUAGGGUUCGCUCGUCUCGGAUUGACGAGGAAGCGAGUUGCGCUGAGUAUUCUCACCUUUGCCGUGGCAGGAUUUGUUGGCAUUCUUCGAUGGACUUUCUCUCCUGAAUCGAUCGUGACGACUGUCACUCCUAUCCCAACCUCUUCCGACGCGGUUCCAGAGAAGUUGAAUCUUAUGAUGGACAAGUUGGAACGGCUGGGCGACCAAGUCGAAAGGCUUGUAUCGUCGAACCUCAAGGAGCAGACCCCGGACACUGCCAAAAAAGCACAACAAACCGAAGUUGAAAAGAGACUUGAAAAGGUGGUCCAAGGCGCAAAACAGUGGUUUGACGACACAGUUUCUGACAAGCUGCAGGAGAUAAACCACACAGUCGUAGAUAUGCAUCAGCAACUUGCCCAAGAGGCACGAGAUAUCGCAGAGGAAUUGGACCGAAAAAUCACAACCAGAUUGAAAAGUCUAGAAGAGAGUAUUGCCGAUCGAGUAGAGGAUCUCGCUCGUACAGCCUCAGAGACGCAAGAAAGAAUAAUUGAUCUUGCACACAACAGGACACUGGUGUUCCUCAACCAUCUAGACAUGAAGAUCUCCGUCCACGAAGACCUAGACUUGAAGUUGUUUGCUGCCUUGAACACCCUCAACGAGACCAUCAAAAGCCUGCAAUGGGACGGAAACAAAACUAGUGCACAUCAGAUAAUGAUGGAAGAAAGGAUGAAGCUCGAAUUCAACAGGACUUUGGAUGCCCUCAACCAUAUGGAGAGAGAUUUCUCUGCCACCGAAAACCGAGAGCUGAAGUUGUCUGCAGCCUUCGACACCCUCAAUGAGACGGUUGCACACCUACAACAGGAAGAAAGCGCAACCGAUGAAGACCUCCAACAAAUUCAAGAAAGGAUGGAGCUUGAAUCCAACAGAACUUUGUAUGCUCUAAAACAUUUGGAGAGUAACGUCUCUGCCAACCAAGACCAAGACAUGAAGUUGUCUGCAUCUGUGGACGCAUUCAACAAGACAGUGGUUGGCCUACAAUCAGAAGAAAACAGAACGGACGCUCGCCUCCAAAUGCUGGAAAAUGAGCACAUCGAGGCGGGUUCAUUUUCAGUGCUCUUUUCACCACCAAAGCACGGGUGGCUCCGAUCGAGGAAACAUGAACCCGAGGAUCACUACCGCAUCGUUGAGUUUCAAGCAGUAUUCAUGCGGACACCCCAGGUGACCACGAGCAUCUCUGAUAUCUAUUCACCGGCAACGAGGCAAGCUUUGGACAUGAAGAUUUUCAACGUUUCAAACACUGGCUUUGUUGUGAAGGUGACGGUGAAGGACUUUCCAGUGGACAUGCAAGUAGAGUGGGUUGCCUCUGACGCCAACGGCCCACCAAAACAGAAAGAGGAGACAACAUUUGAUUCAGAAAAGUGGUUUAGCGACUAA